AUGGAGCCCUUUGUAGUUACGGUUACAGACAAGAGUAUUAUUCAUGAGCUUGAGUCUAGGUCGCAAUCGUCCAAGCAUCCCGACCAUGACUCGCAGGCUUUAAUGUUCCCCACGAAUAUCAGAUAUAUCUUUGAGGAUGACGAACCCGAGCAGGACGAAGACCCUCAGGUGGAAAAUGUAAUUGUGGCAGAAGUAGAUAAGGACAUGAGGGUCAAACAUGUAGAGUUAAUCAGCGACGAGUACCAGCUGUUAUCGUAUCAGUCCACAGGGGAGAACGAGUUGGAACUAGAGGCGGUAUCUAAGUUUCAAAAUGUGCAUUCGCAAAAUUUGCCACUAGAAAAGCUUAUAGAACUGUACAAAAGGCAGAACGAACAGUUAGACAGCUUAUUUAAUACACUAUGA